AUGCCGCGGAAACCCACCCCUGUAGCCAAGCAGAGGGUAAGGACUGGGUGUCUAUCGUGUCGUAAAAGACGAAGAAAAUGUGAGUGUCGCAAGCCGCGAUGCGCCAACUGCGAAGUCAAGGGCUUCACCUGCAAGUAUGGCGCUGAUCUGGCCUUUGUGACGCCCCGGUCGGGUCAAGCAGCGGGCGGGAUGAGGCAGGUGUAUAACUCCAUCACGUUCGUUGACGAUUCUCCUACCGCACAUGCAGCGGCGAAGGAGAAAUCUCAGCCGCAGAGCAAUUCUUCUGCUGCAGACCCAGCGAGUAGUUUCCCGAGACCAGACAUAUUGAAUCCUUCAAAUGUCAUCGGAUAUCGCGCUAUAUCCGAAAAUCGCACUUGUUUUAACUUAAAUGGCAUUCUAACCUCUGAAGUGCCGGUGGACUUGCCUCAAGGGCCAUCAUUGUUACAACAUGGACCCGCACUCAGACACAACCACCCUUUCAGCCAGGAGUGUUUCAAUCUCCCUCUACUCGAACAGACAUCUUCACGAAAAACACACCUUGCGACCAGCAACCAUGAGACUGAUUUAUUACGACAUUUCCGCUACCAAGUUGGCCCGUGGAUAGAUGUCGGAGACCCCGACUGUGCCCUAGGCGUUCAAGUUCUGCUUCUUUCUCGCUCCAACAGACCCUUACAAGCAGCUACACUUGCCUUAUCUGCAGGACAGAGGGCACUUCUCGCAUUACCUCUGCAUAAUGAGGAUCUAAGCAGUAGCUUCCGAUUUCGAAAGGAGGCUGAAGACAGUUUGGCCCUACAGCCCGAAUUGAUAGGACAUGCUGGACAAGCCCUACUCCUCCUCCAGGAGCUCCUUCCCUCGGGACUGCAGCAGUGGAGAAAUCUCCUUGCGCCGCAAAUAGAGCCCUUUGGUGGCCUUGAGCACCCAGCGACUUUGGGUGAAGAACUUGGCGAAGCAAUAUUCUGGUUCUAUUUCAGACUCGACCUCGCGGCAUCGAUCGUAAUAUGCAAACCACCCAUGAUUUCCUUCCGUUCCUAUAUCAAUCGCGACGGCUCCCCAACCCAAAAACCCCACGCUCCCCUCCAACCCCGUUCCAUCAACCGAGUGUACAAACAUGCGCUCUGUCUACUCGGCCACUGUUUGGCCCUGAUAUAUGAUGAUACCGACGCGUCUUCCCCGCAAGCAGCGGCUUCACCGGAACUUAAGGCGUUCCCAUCUUUGCGACAGUCUCACUUCCUAUCGCAGUGGACCUUCCUCUGGAUGGACUGCCAGAAAUGGUACAACGAGCGACCGGUCAACGUGCAACAGAUUGUUGAUGUGCGUGGCGGCGAAGCGGACCAAAUUGAUCCCGAUCACAACUCGUCCUUUCCCAUCCUGAUCUAUACGACGCCAAUGGCGCUGGUCGCCAAUGCUGUCUACCACAUCACUUCUCUCCUGCUGUUGACUCAUAAGCCCCGGCUACUCAAAUCACUACCAGGGCCCCGAUGCUUCACCUCGCAUAUCUGGCAUGCGCAAUCGAUUGCCGGCAUAGCGGCGAGUAAUGAGUCGCCCGAGCAAUGGGAUCCUAUACUGGUUGCAAGUUUGUUGCUGAUUGCGCGAGAGAUGACACACGAGUCUCAACAAGUAGUUUUACUGGAAAGACUGGGGCAAAUCACAGCCACAACGGGGAUCAAAUUGGAGCGGGAGACGGAGGCUCUACAGGCCGUGUGGAGAAUUGCACGAUUUGAUGAAGAACCAGAUGAGUAG